AUGGCUCCUUUAGAGUCCGCACACAAGACGACAUCCUACGAACUAAGACGCGAACCAACACUAGAAGAAAAGACCCGCGAGGCAGUAGACGAAGGCCAUGAUGCCGAUAUCCCCAGCAGCAUGGGUUUCGUACCCACCCAAGCCGACGAGCGCAAGCGAAGAGCCAGCAUCGCAAGCAGUAGACGCGCAAGAAGAGCUAGCAGUGCUGCUGCGGCAGAAAAUAGAAAGGCUCUAGAUGAUUUGCAGGAGCGGAGGAAUAAAGAGGAGGGAAAUGAUGAGGGAGAAAGUGGAGAGGAUAGUGGUGAUAGUGAAGAGAGUGAGAGUGAUAUCGUUUGGUGGGAGAGCGACAAGGAUCCUCAGAAUCCGUACAACUUUCCCAGGUGGAGAAAGGUUCUCAACUGUGCUCUCGUCAGUUCUCUGACGUUUGUCACGCCGUUGGCUUCGUCCAUGUUUGCACCUGGUGUUCCUGAACUCAUGCUCGAGUUUGGCAGCAAAUCGUCCGAACUCGCCUCCUUCUGCGUUUCGGUCUAUGUCCUAGGUUUCGCUGCUGGUCCUAUGGUCUUUGCUCCCAUGUCUGAGCUAUAUGGACGUGUUAUUGUCUAUCACAUUGGCAACAUUGGCUUUCUUGUCUUUGUUAUUGCUUGCGCAAAAGCCCCGAGUUUAGGCGCUCUCAUCGCGUUUCGAUUCUUGAGCGGUGUAUUUGGAUCGUGUCCUAUGGCUAAUGGAGGAGGUUCCAUCGCCGACAUGAUUGUCCAGGAGAAGCGUGGUACAGCCAUGGCCAGUUUCUCAAUCGGACCUCUUCUCGGACCCAUCAUCGGUCCCAUCAUUGGCGGUGUCGUAACUGAUUCUCUCGGUUGGCGCUGGGUCUUUUGGAUCAUCACCAUCAUCUCAGGAACCAUCACCAUCGUCUUCUUCAUCUUUGCGGUCGAGACAUAUGCACCUGUUAUUCUCGAACACAAGGCAAGACGUCUUCGAAAAGAAACAGGCAACGAUAGACUCCGGUCGAAACUCGAUGCUGGAUUGAGUCCCGCCGAUUACUUCAAGCGUGGCAUCCUCCGACCAUUCAAGAUGCUUCUCUUCUCACCCAUCUGCAUCAUCUGCGGUCUCUACGUCGGCCUUUCAUACGCGUACUUGUACCUCAUGUUUACAAGCCUCACACCCCUGUUUAUGCGAAUUUACCACUUCAACACCAUCAACUCUGGCCUAACAUUCCUCGGUCUCGGCAUCGGUUCCAUGAUUGGCGUUAUUUACUUUUCCAUCUCGAGUGAUAGGAACAUGAAGAAGAUGGCAGCCAAGGCGCAGACCAGCAGUGACGAGGAGACGGGACCUACGGAGCCUCAACCUGUGGUUAUGAAGCCAGAGUAUCGACUCCCUCCUCUGAGGGCUGGAGCCAUCUUUUUGCCGGCUGGUUUGUUUAUUUAUGGAUGGACUGCUGAGUACAAGGUUCAUUGGAUUGCGCCUAUUAUUGGUACUGCUGUAAUGGGUGUUGGAAACCUCAUAAUCUUCAUGACCCUCCAAAUGUAUCUCGUCGAUAGCUUCACCGUCUACGCAGCCUCAGCCUUGGCCGCCAACGCCGUAAUGCGUUCCAUCGCCGGUGGUGUCCUACCCCUCGCUGGUCUACCCAUGUUUGACAAGCUGGGUAUGGGUUGGGGAAACAGUCUUUUGGGCUUCAUCGCUGCUGCGCUUAUCCCUGCCCCUUGGUUGUUUAUCAAGUAUGGUGAGCAUCUGAGGAAGAAGUUUGAGCUCAAGGAUCUUUAG